AUGGAAACGGCCAUGAACUUCUCUGAGGCCCAGCAGGUCACGCUUGAGAAGCUCAAGGCGUUGAUCGAGCACGAACAAGUGGCUAUUAUAGUGUCGCAAGGUCUGGACGCACUUCGUGCACGUCUCGAGGCCUUCUCGAACUUUGAUUACAUGCUGAUCGGACAGGUGCAUGACCAUGUGGCAUCUGCCAUGCCCACUCGAGAGAUGGAGGUUACCAUCAGCUCGGCCUUGCUGCGGUCAGAGCAGCAAAAGGUGGGCCUGGCCUUAUCGAAGUUAGGUGGGCGAUCCAGGGAGUGGGCUGUCACUUCUGGUACCUCGACAGGCGAGGCUUUUCCCAUCCGGAACAUGCUGAAACAGCAGCUAUCUUGA